AUGGAGACCAAAAAGACCAAAUACCGAUUCCAGUCAGAGAUCCAACAAAUGAUGUUCGUCUUUGGCGAGGUUGCUGAUCCCUUACAAGACACGACGCUCUUGGUUGAAGAUAUUGUACGAUCACAAGUUAUUGAAUUGGUGAUUCAAGCAGCAGCACAAGCAUCACGACGCAAUUCCAGGUACUUGAGUGCAGAGGACCUUAUCUUCCUUAUUCGACACGACCGCGCCAAAGUGAAUCGACUACGAUCUUUUUUGAGUUGGAAGGAUGUACGAAAGAACGCCAAAGGAGCAUCAGGGGAUGAUCAAGUGGAGGAUGUUGUGGAGGAAACGAAUACGGGCAAAUUACAUCGAAGCAUCAUCAAACUACCUUGGGAGCUUGUCAACCAAUUUACAGACGUGAUUAUCAAGCCAUCCAAUCCAGAUGAUGAAGAAGAAGAUGAAGAUGAAUUGGAAGCUUUCAAUGACACCAUUCAACGGCUUCGAGAUGCGGAUCGUGUUACACGAGUCAUGACACGCGAGGAAUACGUGCAUUAUUCGGAAUGUCGACAGGCCUCUUUCACCUAUCGCAAAGGCAAACGUUUUCGAGAAUGGGCCAAUAUGAAUGCAUUUGUGGAUGUGCGUCCCAAUGAUGAUAUCGUGGACAGUCUCGGGUUUCUCACGUAUGAAAUGGUAUCCAAGUUGACAACAACAGCAUUGCAAAUCAAGCGUGAUUUAAUCACCAGGAAACGGAAACGGGGCACAGAUGAUGACGAUGACGACGAACACCACCGACCCCAAGAAAAUACACCCUCUGUUGUGAGUGGCGCACCUGCUUCAGCCGAUAAACAAGGAGGACAGCAGCAACCCGAUGGACUCUUUUCUCUUCCAAGUACAGAGCAAACACCUUUGGAACCAGAGCAUAUUUAUGAAGCUUUUCGUCGAUUACAACAAGCACCUCAACCUACAAAGAACUUUAGAGGCGGUCUCGUACGCACCAAAGUUUGUCUCAUUUAA